GACGUUUGCGUGCCCUCGAAUUUGUGGCUCGCUGGGAAAUCCUUUUUCCUCCACAUAAGUUGGGCUGCCGAAAAACGGGUGAUUAGAGAACACAAAAGGAACGAUCUAUAACGGUAAAUUUGCACAGCCUAAGCUCGUAAGAGUUGGCAGGGGUUGCGCUAGCGGCGUUCGUUCAUACUGCCAUCAUUCUGCCACAACUCACGCAACGGAAGUAAGCCGGUAAUCGAACCUCGCAAAAUGUUCACACGGCAAAUACACGGAGCAGCCGGUUGGUUGCUGCUGAUGGCCGCCACGGUUGGCCACUUUGGCUGGGUGGCACGCACUGAGAUACCGCGACCACGCGGUGUUUCCAUUUCGCAAGCCAUCCUGUACGAGGAUCGUGCCGGCAGUGGCCAGUUCGUUUGCCUGGACGGCCGGAAGGUGAUCCACCGGGAGCAAAUCAACGACGAUUUCUGUGAUUGUGACGACGGCAGCGAUGAGCCGGGGACGGCCGCCUGCCCGCAAGCUACGUUUCACUGCACCAACGCCGGCUACAAGUCCCUCAACAUCCCCAGCUCCCGCGUGAACGAUGGAAUCUGUGAUUGCUGCGAUGCGUCCGACGAGUACGCGUCGCAGGCCAACUGCGUAAACAGUUGCAGCGAGCUGGGCAAAGAGGAUCGGCUGCGGGAGAAGCAGAGGGGCGAGAUGCUGCGAACGGGCAACUCGCUGCGGCUCGAGAUGGCUCAACGUGGCCGUGGCCUCAAGGAUGAGCAGCGGGUACGGCUGGCCGAGCUGGAAAAGAGCCGAGCGGAAGCGGAAGCGUUACGCGAUGAGAAAGCGUCACUGAAGAGUGAGGCGGAGGAGCUGGAGAACGCGGCACUCAAGGUGUACCGCGAUCGGGAGGAGGAAGCGAAGCGACUGAAGGAGGAAGCCGCGGCACACAGUAACCGGGACGAGGCAAUGGAGACGUUCCAAAAGUUCGAUUCCAAUCAAAACAAUCUGCUGGAGCUGGUCGAGCUGCAGACGAGGAUCGUGUUUGAUCGCAAUCGCGACGGUGCGGUGACGGAGGAUGAGGCACGCUUCUUCCUGGACGAGCGGGACCAGGUCGACUUCGAGACGUUCGUCACGCUGUGCUGGCCACGAGUGAAACCGUUCUUAAUGAUGGAUUCCGGUCUGUUCAAACCACCGGCACCGGCCGGUGAGGAAAUGGAACAGGCGGAACUGCAAUCGGAAGACGGUGGUUACGAGCUGGAGGGUAGUGAGGCUGAUCUGCGCGAGGGCCACGUGGACGAUGACGAGGGCCAACUGGACGAGGAGCUGGAUGACGAAGAAGAAGAGGAUGACGUAGGGGAAGGUGAGAUAGAGCGCACCGAGUACGAUCGGGAUGAACAGCGGUCAGCACCAGCACCACCACCACCGGUACAGUACGAUCCGGAAACGCAGGAACUGAUCAACAAAGCGAACGAGGCCCGUAACCAGCACUCGGAAGCGGAACGACAUGUGCGCGAGAUGGACCAGGAAAUGCGCAACAUCAAGGAGCUGCUCGACAAAGACUAUGGCCGGGAGGAAGAAUUCGCCCCGCUCAAUGGCGAGUGCUUCAACUUUGAGGAUCGCGAGUACGUGUACAAGCUGUGCCCGUUCGAUAAAGCGGUUCAGCAACCGAGAAGCGGUGGUGCCGAAACGAGGUUGGGUACGUGGGAGAAAUGGGGCCACAAAGGAGAUUAUAGUACCAUGCACUACACGAACGGUGCCCCAUGUUGGAAUGGACCUCAUCGUUCUGCCAUCGUCCACCUGGAGUGCGGUCUGGAUACAAGAGUGCUAGCGGUUACGGAACCAAACCGGUGCGAGUACGAGUAUCGAAUGCAAACGCCGGCUGCCUGCAUACUGCAAGAUGAUCAGUCGAAAGAUCGCGCACACGAUGAACUGUAGUAGGCCACGAGCGUCGAUGUUUCGUAACCUUUUUUUUAACAAAGAAAAGUAGCCAAUGGUGAACUGAACAAUCGAGUCACAAGCACACACAGACACAGAACUACAACAACGCAGCAAAAAACACGGCUCUUCGAUAAUCAGGUUCCUUCGAUUCCUAGUAACUACCUGAACCCAAACCAACCAACCAACCAGCCAACCGACACUCAGGGUCUCGUCGCACGGGCAAUGCAUUGCGAUGCUGUCUAGUUAGGCGUGAAUGAGGGCAUACUUUAAAACUGUGUUUCAGAGUGAAUGAAUGGUUCCAGUUCUUUUCAUUUGUCCAUGUCCUUUUUUUUCUAUUUCGAAACAAAAAAGAAUUGAGAGAACUGCGCUUUUCGAUCUAACGAAAUGAACAUUCCAUUGCAGGUGAAGUUAGGGGAGGAGAAUGUACGCGGUUCUACAUUUUAAAUUGCGUACAGUGUCGGCAUCCACCGCCGUAAAACGUUGUAUAGCGUCGCAACUCGAAUCGAGAAUACCGGUGGAAUCGCAAGGGAGUCAGGGUAUCGGUAGUUUUAAGGGAUAGAAAAUGAUGAAAGUCAAUGUAGGGAAAUCUUGUGUCCACAAAACAAUUGCGCGCCGUGUAGCAGAAAUAUGAGCACGAAAUUAAUAAAAAAAAAGAAACAAGUCAAAAAUCUUACCCACCUGA